AUGGAGCUGCCGGAACCGGUCCGCCUGCGGCUGGGGAACUUCAGCCGGACCGUGUUCAGGGACUCAAACCGGACCGAGCCCGAGGACAGCGAAGGCCCGGAUAAUGAAGUGGUUUCCAGUUUAGCAUUGCAGAUGUCACUUUAUUUUAAUGCUUACUUUUUCCCACUUUGGUGGAUGAGCAGCAUCAUGAUGCUUCAAAUGAAAUAUUCAAUUCUGCCUGAUUACUACAAAUUCAUUGUGGUCACUGUUAUCAUCCUCGUAACCUUAAUUGAAGCUAUCAGGCUGUAUCUGGGCUACAUGGGUAACCUACAGGAAAAGGUUCCUGAGUUAGCUGGCUUCUGGCUUUUGAGCCUUCUGUUGCAGUUGCCUUUAAUUCUCUUCUUGCUUUUCAAUGAAGGCCUAACAAAUCUGCCCUUGGAAAAAGCGGUGCACAUUGUCUUCACUGCGUUCCUUACUUUCCAAGCCGUGUCCGCGUUUCUUACCCUGAGGAAAAUGGUAAACCAGCUGGCCACUCGCUUCCACCUCCAAGACUUCGAUCGGCUCUCCGCGAACAGAGGCGGUGUGAGGACCAUGAGAACCUGUCUAGAGGAGAUUUGA